UACCUAAGGUUCUUCAAAUUGACCCCGAGAUGCAGAUGCCGGAGGUAAAAAAGAAGUAUCGUCAGAUGUCACUUUUAGUGCACCCAGAUAAGAAUCAGCAUGAUCCUGAACGUGCCCAAAAGUCUUUUGAAGCUGUAAAUAAGGCUUUUCGGACUCUUGAUGAUGAUGAUUCUAGGAAGAAAUGCCAAGAAGUAGUUGAAGAGGCGAGAGAAAUGGUUCACAAAAUGAUGGAAGAAAAACGCAAUAAGUUGAGAAAAGCCGGUAAGUCCACACUUAUUGAAGAGGACGAGCACGCUAAGUAUAAACACGCUAUUUACUGCCAAACCUGUAAACUUUUUGCGGAUUUGGAGAGAUUGAGGGUCGAAGAAGAACUUAAACAAUCCCAUGAAAGGUUAUUUAUCAUUAUUAUCUUAUUCUGCAUUAAAUCCUUUGCAUUUGUCAAAAAGAAAAAUAUUUACAAAGUUAAUUUUCAUUGCUCCAUAUUCCUUAAAGUCCAAUCUUACCUAAAAGGCUGUUGUUACAGCUUUUUUAAAAACUUGAUUUCCCUAUUUAAUUAUAAUGUUAUUUUAGGUAUCACAGUAUUUUUGUAUUAA